GCGCCGAGCUGAAAAUCUUGAAGUUGUGAUCGGUGAAAGAAAGAUCCGGACUAUGAAAGAGCGCAGUGGCUCAAACCUGCCGCAUGGUGCUGAGACGAAGCAUGCUGAAGAGUUUUCUCUCUUUCCAAUAAAGUUAUUAUUUUUGCUUCUUAACCUGCUUUGCAUUCAGAGCGGCUCUGGGCUCAUUUUCAGUCGCACUGGCAGCUGAGUACUGACAUUUUUUUUUAUAUAUUAUUAUUAUUAUAAAUUUUUUUUUUAAAGACAUUUCCGAAACUUCCCUUUAAUCUCCAGAAAGAGACACAAGGACAAACAACGCGCUUGUAACUUUUUUCUUGUUUGUUUCCACGCGCUUUUACGCACGUCCCUGAAGCGUGGAAGACCGGACAUUCAAACUGUAACGAGAUUUUAUUAUUUCACCAGCAGGAUUUUUUAUUGAAUGGUUAUGGUGGCGAACAACCCAGACCUGCCGCCUAUCGACUGUGCCGACUCCGGUGAGAUGGAGGCGGACGCGGACGCAUCGCGCACCCCGGGCUCCCCGCACGCCACCGGGGACGUGGCGUGGUGCAAGACGCCCACCGGCCACAUCAAGCGGCCUAUGAACGCUUUCAUGGUGUGGUCACAGAUCGAGCGGCGCAAGAUCAUGGAGCAGUCUCCUGACAUGCACAACGCGGAGAUCUCCAAGCGGCUGGGGAAGCGCUGGAAGCUCCUGCGAGACUGCGACAAGAUCCCGUUCAUCCGCGAGGCCGAGCGCCUCAGACUCAAACACAUGGCAGACUAUCCGGACUACAAGUAUCGGCCGAGGAAGAAGGUCAAAACGUCUGCUGGUGCAUGCAAAGCUGGCGGCGAGAAAGCAGACAAGGGGGUCAGCGCUGGCGGGAAAUCGUCAUCCAAAAAAAGCCACGGCUCUAAUAAAUCUCCUGGUAGGACGCACAAGAAGUCUGGCUCUCUCGAAAGCGUCGGUGACGCGCUCUACAAGCCGAGGGCAGCGUCUUCUGCAAAGCAGAUCCCGGACAAGCCCGCGAAGCGCGGCUCGGAAAGCCUCGCCCCCUCCGCCGCCGUGCCCGCGAGCCCGACCCUGAGCAGCUCGGCGGAGUGCGCGGAGCCCGCGAGCCUCUACGAUGACGCGGGGACGCGCUUCAAACACGCCCGCGCCUCAUCGCCGACCCCGUCCGCCUCGCACUCCUCCUCUUCCUCCUCCUCACACUCCUCCGACGAAGAGUUUGAAGACGACCCGCUGGACUUCGACCCCAGUCCCGGUGGCUUUAGCGGCGGAUUCGGUAGCGACACGUGCCUGGACCGGGACUUGGACUUCGGCUUUGAGUCGGGCUCCGGCUCGCACUUCGAGUUCCCGGACUACUGCACACCCGAGGUGAGCGAGAUGAUCUCGGGGGACUGGCUCGAGUCCACCAUUUCUAACCUGGUGUUCACGUAUUGAGCCCAGAUUUUUUUUUU